GAAAACAAGUGGAACCAAAAAGUGAAGAUUUGCUCUAUAAAUGAAACUCGUUAAUUGUAAAAUCAAAAUUGCUUAUCAUAGGAAUUAGCUUUAAUUAUGGGAGAUGGAGAAAAUUUUGACUGGUUUGUCGAAUUACUCUGGAAUCUGUAUGGAUAUUCAACAGUUUUACUUCCAAUUGGAAUCAUGGUUUAUAUGGUUAAACACAAACACUGUAUACCAACAUUUUCCAACUUGAAAAUUGUACGGAUCAUUGUUUAUGGUAGAGAUGUCAACACAAAUGGUGUCUAUGAUGUUGAACAAUCAAAGCAAUUAAUUGAUGUGAAGAAAGAAACUGAUGAAGACACAAAAGAACAAGAUGCUAAGAAUUCCAACAGAAAGAAGUUGGUCUUGUUUAUCACUUGUUUCCUUGGUUUACACUGUUCUUACCUGAUUUGGGGUGUUUUCCAGGAGAAGAUAAUGACAACCGAGUAUUUAAUUUCAACUAAUCGUACACAAUUUAUUAUUAAACAGGAGUCACUAACAGUGAAACUUGAUAAAAUCAAAUUUCACGACUCUCAAUUUUUGGUACUCAUAAAUCGCAUUUUUGCCUUCUUAAUUGCACUAGUCGUUUUCACUAUAACUCAAGCAAGGAAACUGCCUAAUCAAAGUGGAACGCCCAAAAGACUUGUAAUCGCACCUUUCCAUGAAUUUUUCUAUUGCUCGUUAUCAAAUAUUUUAAGCAGUUGGUGCCAGUAUGAAGCGCUGAAAUUUGUCAAUUUUCCCACUCAAGUUUUAUCGAAGGCUUGUAAAAUACCUUCAGUCAUGUUGAUGUCAAAGUUGGUUUCAAACAAGAAAUAUGAAACUUUUGAAUACAUUACUUCAAUCAGUAUAUCAUUCGGAAUGAUUUUAUUCCUUCAUGGAAACCACAAUAAUGAUCAUAAAAAUGAAUCUGCAAUAACGCAAGGAUCUAUGAAUAGUACAUCAAAGCUGUUUAAUGGACUAAUUGUUUUGGCCUGUUAUCUUAUUUUUGACUCUUUUACCUCAAAUUGGGAAGAAAGCAUUUAUCACAAAUAUCGCAUUUCAAGUUGGCAAAUGAUGGCGGCAGUCAAUCUCUGCUCCGUAAUUUUAACUCUAACCUCACUCACUCAACAAGGGAAUUUGAUUCCAGCUUUGAUCACAGUCACUAGCUCCAAUCGAUUACUGCUUGACUGCAUUUUUUUAUCCAUUUCCUCUACAAUUGGACAGUUUUUUGUAUUCUUUACAAUUUCUCAUUUCGGUGCUCUCAUUUUUGCUAUGAUAAUGACACUCAGGCAGAUAUUUGCCAUCCUUUUAUCAAUGAACCUCUACCACCAUUCCAUAUCCAUGCUUUCUCUCUUGGGCAUGUUUGUUGUUUUUGCAUCCAUAAUCACUUCAAGAAUCAUGAAAAUUAAUAAGGUCAAAAAGUGAAUUUCAUUAUUUUUGUUACAAAUGAUUAUCACGAAAUUUUAUUAUGUUGCUUUAUCACAAAAAUAUUAAUAAAAAACAAUUGUUGCAAAGUUAAA